AGAGACGCGGCGGACGGACGGCGGAGAGGUGAAGCGGCGCUCCCGAGCGGCUCAGACUGCCUGGCUUGUGCGGAGUCUUACUGGUCAUACUAGUGUCCAGCACUGAGGAUUUCCCCCCUCCCCGUGAUCCCCGAUCUGUGUCCUCUGGUAAUCAAACACCCAGCAAAGCGCUCGCUGACGUCGCAGCCGAAAUCCUCACCGCGGCGCACGAGAAGAAGUGGAUCCCAGGAUUUUGCCCACACUCUUCUGGACUCGUGCCGUUUUCUCCAGGAGCUGGACUUAUUAAACCUCCGAAUUUACUGAGCCAAAUUGAAAUUAUGAUUUAGAACAACCACACUUUAAGGAACCCUGAGCGCGUUUCAGUCAGAGCAGAUUUCCAAAGAGGAGGUGCGGUUUUUGCUUCUGUGUGCUCUUCGGCUUUCCAUUAGUCUCGAGAUUAGGAGGCAGGAGAGAAGUGUGACAGCCGAGACUUGUUGAACUGAUUUCCCCCCAGAGGUUACUCUCUGAGGAACAUCGUGUUUAUGGAUUGCUGCGCAGCGAGGGGCUCCGGGAGUUGCAGGCUGUGCCGUCGCGUAUCGAUCAUGUUGAUCCCUCCCCGCUGCUGGGAACUUUGAUGCAUGUUUGCUGUAAGAAAUUAAUAGUAUUGCAGAAUAAUCCAAGGCUGCACCUCCGUGGGAACUGAAGGUCGCCCUCGUUUUUCCUUUUUUUUUUCUUUCUCCAAAGACGUAAGGACGGAUCUUUAUCACACCCAUCUGACUCCUUCUGUGAUUUAAACAAAGACCAGUUGUUUUGGGGGGGAUAGCAUGGCAAUGGUAGUAAACCAGUGGCCAGAGAACAUUUCUGCAGAUCCGGGCUCCCAGCUCCAGAUGUGCGGCCAGGAGCCCGGCGGGGGGCCGGGGACUCCCAACGGCUCCACGCCGGGGAACGACGCGCUCUCCGGGGAUAAGAUCCCCAACGUGGACUGCAUGGUGUGCGGGGACAAGUCCAGCGGGAAGCACUACGGCCAGUUCACCUGCGAGGGCUGCAAGAGCUUCUUCAAGCGCUCCGUGCGCAGGAACCUCACCUACACCUGCCGGGGGAACCGGGACUGCCCCAUCGACCAGCACCACCGCAACCAGUGCCAGUACUGCCGGCUCAAGAAGUGCCUGAAGGUCGGCAUGAGGAGAGAAGCAGUUCAACGAGGACGGACUUCCAACUCCCAGAGCAGCCCGGGCCAGUACCUGCCCAACGGCACCGACCCGUACAACGGCCAGCCCUACCUGUCCGGCUUCAUCUCCCUGCUGCUGCGCGCCGAGCCCUACCCCACGUCUCGCUACGGAGCCCAGUGCAUGCAGGGAAACAACCUGAUGGGCAUCGAGAACAUCUGCGAGCUGGCCGCCCGGCUCCUGUUCAGCGCUGUGGAGUGGGCCAAAAACAUCCCCUUCUUCCCCGACCUGCAGCUCAUGGAUCAGGUAGCGCUGCUGCGCAUGUCCUGGAGUGAGCUCUUUGUCCUGAACGCCGCCCAGUGCUCCAUGCCGCUCCACGUGGCGCCUCUGUUGGCGGCCGCCGGCCUGCACGCCUCCCCCAUGUCUGCCGAGCGCGUCGUGGCCUUCAUGGACCACAUCCGGGUCUUCCAGGAGCAGGUGGAGAAGCUGAAGGUCCUGCAGGUCGACACGGCCGAAUACUCCUGCCUCAAGUCCAUCGUGCUCUUCACCUCCGACGCCAUGGGGUUGUCAGAUGUGGCCCAUGUGGAGAGCAUCCAGGAGAAGUCCCAGUGCGCUCUGGAGGAGUACGUAAGGAACCAGUACCCCAGCCAGCCCAACCGCUUCGGACGCCUCCUCCUCCGCCUGCCCUCGCUUCGCAUCGUCUCCUCUCCGGUCAUCGAGCAGCUGUUCUUCGUACGCCUCGUCGGCAAGACGCCCAUCGAGACAUUGCUGCGCGACAUGCUGCUCUCGGGCUCCAGCUACAACUGGCCCUACAUGCCCGCUGUGCAGCGCGAGCGGCCCCUCUCCCUUCACUACAACGAGAACGGGCCGUGAGGCGGAGAGGAGGGACGAAGGGGGGAAACCCAGGGAGAAAUUCAGGCAUCUUUCUUUACGUUCCUUCACGGCCUUCUCAGCUUUCCCCGGGGAAGCGUCUCCCUCUCUAUUCCACUAUAAAGACACGAUAAGUUACCGUCUUGGCUACGAACACCAGCGAACUGUCCGUUGACGUCCCCUCAGCCGACAAGCGCAGCCCACAUCUGAGAUCUGGCCUGAGCUGGGCAGGUUGGUAGAACGGGUUGUUGAGCAGUUCACCAGCAGGUCUGUUGGACUUUACUUCAGAUGUCAAUCUCAAGACUGUGCAAACUCACUCUCUCGGAGCAAACAUCUUGGUGCCACGCCUGCACUUACAGAGGUGGCGCUUGAACAAGCAUCUGUGUACAGUACAAGCGCGGCCAAGAAAGAGCAAGGGCUCUGCCAACGGGACUCUGCAGCCAAGAGCACAAGGCCUGUUGUAUAUUUACCAAUUUCUGAAAAGUAAACCAGAAGCCAUUAAGAAGAAGACACAUGCCAAAAUGUCUUGAACUUUUUGCAAAGGACAUGUUUUAUUGUGUGUGUUUGUAUUAGCACUGUUUAUACGGAGAGAGAACUCAUGAUUGUGUCCAUAUGUACAGUAUAUCAAUGAUUCAUAGACAUCUAAGGCAUUUUAGGGUUCAGUGGAAAAACAAGCUCAGGUUCAGCGGGUGGGUAGACAAACAGGAAGUCAACAUCAGUACAAGAACAAGAAGACAAACCCAGACAAACUUAACACUUAUCAGCAGCGCGUGCCAAAGCGGAGACAUUAAAAAAAGAAGCAUAUUGUUUGGAGCUAAUUUGUGGCGGUGCUGCUGAUGAUCAUUUUACUUUGACUACACAUGUUUGGGGUCUUGUGUAGCCUGAAAAAAAUGUAGUUUUUAAAAAAAGAGAAAAGAAAAAAAGAUUCAAACACAAGCUUAGGCACUUGCAUUGUGAACUCGUCAGAUCUUACACUUAUUCACUCCUGUAAAAUCGCAGCACUGGUAGAUUCCCUCAUUCGAUCGACGUGCAUUUUUACUUAUUCAAAAAGUUCACUACAACUUCCUCCGCGACGCUAAUCGCAGGAGGAAGUCACGCAGCUCAUCAUCUUUAGUGUCUUUUAAAGAAAAAACAAAAAAAGAUUGUUGAUAUUGGACCUUUUAAGACUUGGGUGGGAAAAUGUGAGGGGGGGAAGGGGUGGGGGCAUUUUACAAAAGUUAGCUGUACUUGCCUUAGAAAAAAAAAAAAAAAAAAGAUUUUGUCACUGAGCAUUUAUCUUAUGACUGUGCCAUAAUCUCUUGUUACCUGUUAUAACAGGUAUUAUGUCCUUUUCAGGAGCAGAAACGAGCUCGCAUGACGUCGAACUGUAACGUGCGCACUGAAAACUAAUGCAAGAUGUGUAUGUUUAAUAUGCAAAUGGAUAGAUUACACACAGAGGAAUACAGCGUUCUGCUUUGACAUCGUUAGCACUUUUGAGUUUUUAGACCUCAUGCAGGUUCUUUUCCACCUCCUGGUGAUGUUGUCAUUGGAGCUUAUCAUAUGGAUACCAUAGAGUAAUGUAUCACUAACCUCUGAAAACCUCAGUCUGUAUUGCAGCAUUAUCCGUGUUGGACUUAGGACUGUCCCUUAGCAUAGGACUAUUUUUGUUUUUUUUGUUUUGGUUUUCCGUCCUGCAGAUGGAAGCGAGUUUGUUUGAGUCAUAUUUCCAGCAUGACACCGUAGUAUGAACGUCGAGUAUCAGUGUCGGGAAAAAAAAGCCACCUGAGAACGCUGUUUGUGGGUAAAUAGAGUCACACAAAGUUUCUACGAGUUUGUUUUUAUCCCCUCUACGUUUGUUUGGAAGUAUGGAUUAUCCAUUAAUUAUAAUAAAAUUUUGUUCACACUAAGUUUCCUGCCGUUAC